AUGGAGGGCGCUACACACAGCAGCGCAGGCAAUGGCAAGCGAACACGCUCAUUUGGUGGAUGUGCCACCUGUCGCGGCCGCAGAAUCAAGUGUGACGAAGCUCGACCCAUUUGUUCCAGGUGCAGAGAAGCAGGUAUAGUAUGUGGGUACGAAGCGAGCCUUUCCUUCGACUCAGACGAUGUCGUGGCCGGAGGGCAAGCCCCUCGCUACCGACGAACGAUGCUGUCUUUGGCACAAAGAGUGGAAAUGACCGAAAAGAUCGUGUCGCUCGUGCCUUCACACUUGGCACAUUUUCACAUCUCGAAGAUCGAAAGUCAGUGCGAAGGCAUUCCAGAUCUGGAAGAGGUUGAUAUCCAUCAUGGUCCGUUCGGAGCAUUCAGAGUCCUGAGCGAGUCCCACGCGGAUGGUACAGACUCACCGCCUUGUGUGGUCGCUCAUGGUGCAGUGGCUGGCGCAAUUGAUGCUGUCGAUGAGGAAGUGCCACAUGCUGUCAACACCCUGAUGUCCCCCAACACGCAGGCUGCGUUGGACUCUUUGAUUGAGAGUUCCGCCUACGAACUUGACCUGGCUCUCUGGGACGCUGCAACAGGCUUUGAUGGGUUCACCAACCUAGACCCCGACAACUUUGAUCCGACAAUGCGUUUCGAACCUUUUCACAUGCCGCUCCUGGCGCCAGACAAUACCAGGCCGUGCAACUCAAGCGAUACUCGCCCUGAGAGCCACUUCACAAUCUCCCGAUCCAUCACGCCCGUGACCUGCGCCCAAAUCGACAUUCCACAAAGUGCGUGGGUCUUGCUAAAGCACUACUUGAAUAAUGUUCUGAAAGCCAUGACGCCGUUCCAUCAUAGCAAGACUCCAUGGCAUAUAUUAUUCGUCCCACUGGUCAAGAACUGCCUUGCUGGACUCGCAUUACAGGAUGAGGUGGACCGAGCUACUUUGUGCGUCUUCUACGGAACUCUAGCGAUCAGUGCUUCCAGCCUCAGCGGUGCCUCGGACUCCAACAGUUGGGCACGAAAGAGCGAUACAUACCGGGAAAAGGCUUACGAACACGCAAAGGCUUCUUUGGAGACUGCAUAUGACAGGCCGAAGAAAGCCAAGUAUAAGACGAAACUGAUGGCUCUCCUUACCAUGGCACAGAUGUCGAUCGUGGCCGGACAGCAAGACCAGACCGAGUACUUUCUCCUGGAGGCAGAGAAAUUCAUCCGCAUGAGAGGGCUGAAUCGCAGGAAAUCGAGGAAAGUCAGACUCUUACAUCAUUGCUACGCGUAUGAGAGGAUCUUCUUCGAGAGCACCCUCGUUCGAAAUCCUGCGAAUCAGUACUACCACCAUGUACGACGGGUUAUCGAGGACAGUGGUGCCAGUGCCUAUAGCAAAGAUAGCCUGUCCUUCCGGCUGAGUAGAUGGGAGAAUCUGGAAACGGACAUGCUUGUACUGAAAGAUCGCGAGUCUGGCGAGAAUGACCUGCAUCUGCAGAUCCCUGGGACGUGGCUCGAGACGCUUUACCCCGAGAUCUUUGGCGUGCCAGAAGUGCAUCUACUCCUCGUCUCGUUGAUCAUCAGGCUAUCGCGAGAGCGAGACGUCGAAGAGCUGGAAGACGCUCCAGUUAAUCUCGAUCUCAAGACGUUUAUGAAAAGAGCCAAGGCCAUCGAAAGGAUGGUUUUGCUCCAGCGCCCUCCAACUCCAACUCCGAACACAGGUCUGGCCCAUCUCAUCGAAGCCACGUAUCAUGCUCUUGUCAUAUUCUUCUAUCGCAAGAUUCACGAUGUCGAUCGUUCGAUGCUCCAGCACGAAGUUUCGAGCGUUCGAGAUUGCUUGCUGCGGUAUGAAGGUUCGAACACAGAGAGAGGUUUUGCGUCGAUGAGACUUGUCUGGCCAGCUCAUGUAGCGGCAUGCGAAGCCGAGGAGCCGACGAUGCAGUCAUCGUUCUUGGAGUGGUUCGAGAGAGCCGCACGAGAUAGCGGACUGCCCCUUUUUACUACCAAGCUGGCUAGUAUCAAGGAUAUCGCUAUAACAGGCGCCGCCUCCGGCAUGGGCCUCGCAACAGCCCAACUCCUCGCCUGCCGCGGCGCCAUCAUCUCCCUCGCAGACAUAAACGAAACCACGCUCCAAACCGCAACGUCCUCCCUCCAGGGAGGUCUCGAAAGACAUAUGCACGCCGUCUGUGAUGUCACGUCCUCUGCGUCCGUAGACUACUGGAUUGAGUCGACUGUAGAGAGUUUCGGUCGACUGGAUGGAGCGGUGAACAUGGCCGGGAUCAUCAGACCGGCCAAGAACAUCACUGAGAUGAGCGAUGAGGAUUGGGAUUUGACGUUCGCGGUGAAUGCGCGGGGAGUGUUUAAUUGUUUGAGGGCGCAGUUGAGGGAGCUUGGGGAGAAGGGGAGUAUCGUGUCAGCAGCCAGCACCUUCGGCCAAUUCGGCGCUCCAGGUAACGCAGCGUACUGUGGCUCGAAAGCAGCAGUUAUUGGAUUGACGAGGACGGCUGCGAAGGAGAAUCAGCAUGUUAGGGUGAAUUGUGUGUCGCCUGGAUCUGUCAAUACCCCGAUGUCUCGAGGCGAGGACCCCGAGCACGUGAAACGAGGCCUCCAGGUUACCGCGCAGAAGCGAAGGGCAGAGCCGAUCGAGAUCGCGAAUGUGAUUGCUUUCUUGUUGAGCGACGAGGCUUCCUUUGUGACGGGCGCUGUGUAUAACGUCGAUGGGGGAUGGGUAUGUUAG